GGUUCAAGAGAAUGAAGCACGUGUUGCAGUUAGGAGUGUAUCUUGAAGCAGUGUAGAUCAGCUUGUGAACGGCAUGGCGGAGAAGGCGGCGGCACCACCACCGUCGAAGCCUCUGACAGCUCAGGAGUGGGAAACCCUAAUCGAGGAGUUCCAAUCCGGCACCCAAAAAUGGUGUUUUCUGGAUCCCCUCCUCGAUCUUCUCCUCUCUUCUCUUCUGCGCAAGGACUUCACUCUGUCUCUCAAACUCCAACUCCUCUUAUUCCUCGACGAGUUCUCCCUCUGCUUCUUCCCCCAACCAACGCUCCAUCGUCUCAUCGACGCUCUCAAAUCCGUCCUCCACGCGCCUGUCGACGCCGUCCACAUCACUCCCGCUUUCAAGGAUCAAUUCAUGGUUUCCGUCACCUCUAUCCUCAUUUGCGUAUCGGAAAACGCCGAAGUCGAGGCUCAAACGGAGAGUGUGGUGGAGUUAUUGCUGACGGUCAUAAACCGCCCUAAUUUCGGUUCGGACCGGCACACACGUGGCAUCGCGUGCGAAUGCCUUAGGGAAUUGGAACUAUGGAAACCAGGUUUGCUUUCGGACGUGGUUGGGCAUUUGUGGAGCCUCUGCCAGAACGAGCGAACCCACGCUUCUCAGAACUACCUCUUGCUAUUCACCUCAGUGAUUCACAACAUCAUCACUCGGAAACUUAGCGUCUCCGUUCUCAACACUUCUGUUCAGAUGGUUCCUUUCAACGUGCCGCAGUGUGUGAAACAAGAUUCGGAUUCGGAUCCGGGUGCGGGUGCGGGUUUGAAUAUGAAGGAGUUGAGGAGGGCGUUAGCGUUUUUGCUGGAGUGGCCUCAAGUGAUGACUCCUUGUGCGAUGAUGGAAUUUAUGUGUAUGAUAAUACCCAUGGCUAUGGCGUUGGAAUUGCAGCCAUCGAUGCUGAAGGUGCAGUUGUUUGGAAUGAUUUAUUCCUAUGAUCCUAUCUUAUGCCAUGUGGUUGUGAGCAUGUAUUUGCAUUUUCUUGAUGCUUUUGAUGGCCAAGAGGGAGAGGUUUCUCGUAGACUUCUGAUGAUUUCGAGAGAGACUCAGCAUAAUUUAGUGUUUCGUUUGCUCGCUGUUCAUUGGUUGUUGGGUUUCAAUCAGUUGAUUUUUGGUAAACGUGUUGAGAAGACUAAGCCCACCCUGGAAGCUUGCUCCACUUUUUAUCCUGCUUUGUUUGAUCCACUGGCUUUGAAAGCCUUGAAGCUUGACCUUCUUGCCUUUUGCUUUUACUGUGUUCAUGUUUUGAGGCUGAAAAGUGAUUCUGACUCUUUGAUUGAUCCGGUGAAGCUGUUUGAAGAUGGUCUUGUUUGUGUGUCUUCUUUCAAGUGGUUGCCUCCCGGGAGCACGGAGAUUGCCGUUGCAUUCCGCACAUUCCAUAAGUUUCUGAUUGCUCCAUCGUCUCAUUCUGAUAAUGAUCCAUCUACCACAAGAAAUCUGUUGGACUCUAUGAUAUUCCGCACUUUGCAGGGGUUGCUUGUGAACAUGAUGUUGGAGAAUCGGAGAUUGGUUCCUGUUGUUGUUGCUUUUGUUGACCGUUUACUCUCUUGUCAAAAGCAUUCUUGGUUGGGUGAGUGCUUACUUCAGAAAUUUGAUGAGCACUUGCUUCCAAAAGUGAGAAUGGAUUAUAAGUUGGUUUAUUGCUUCCCAAUGUUUGAUAGAAUUGCUAAAAACCAGACAAUACCUCCGCGUGGAUUGUUAGAGUUGCUCACAAACUUCAUGAUUUUCCUUGUGGAGAAACAUGGCCCAGAUACGGGUAUGAAAUCUUGGUCUCAAGGAAGUAGAGCUCUUGGAAUUUGCCGAACUAUGAUGAUGCAUCACCAUAGUUCUAGAUUGUUCCUCAGAUUAUCUCGUCUACUUGCUUUUACUUGUCUCUAUUUUCCUGAUUUGGAAGUUCGUGAUAACUCAAGGAUCUACUUGCGUAUGUUGGUCUGCAUUCCAGGGAAGAAGCUUAGAGACAUCCUAAACUUGGAGGACAUGAUCCUUGGAAUUUCACCAUCUUCACACCCAACCUCGUUUUUCAAUGUUCAGUCACCUCGACCUUCUCAGAAAUUCAAGACAUUCAAAAAUUUAUCAUCUUGCAUUCACCUUGAGCGUCUGACUCCAUUGCUAGUCAAACAGUUUUGGUCUCUGUCAUUGUCAAAUUUAGUUAUAAGCAACAACAAACCUGCUUAUCUGGAGGGCAUCAGAGACCCUGAUGCUCCUGUUGAGGAAAAGGAAUUUUCUGAUAGUUCAAAUACACAGAUCAUUCUGGAAACCGCAAGAAUAAAUCAGCCAAAACAGCCUCUCCGUGUUAUGGAUUCUAAAGUUACAGAAAUUUUGAACACAUUAAGGAAGUACUUUUCCUGUAUUCCUGACUUCAGACAUAUGCCUGGUCUCAAAGUUAGAAUAUCGUGCAGUUUGAGGUUUGAAUCUAAUACUUUCAAUCGCAUGUCGGGAAUCGAUAACACAGCUACAUCCUCGGAAGAGAUAGAUGCACUUCCUGCUAUAUAUGCAACUGUGUUAAAUUUCUCGUCUUCUGCACCAUAUGGGCCAAUCCCAUCUUAUCGUAUACCUUUUCUUCUUGGUGAACCUCACAGUAAAGAUCAUGCAUCUCAAAAUGUCUCCCUAAGUAUUGUCCCUGUUGGUGUUGGAAAUGAUUCCAGGGAAGAGGAAAAAUAUAGAGCUACUGUUGUGAUUGAUUUGGAGCCCAGGGAACCCACACCAGGUAUAGUUGAUGUUCACAUUGAAACAAAUGCAGAAAAUGGUCAGAUCAUCCAAGGUCAACUUCAGGGAAUCACAGUAGGCAUAGAAGACAUGUUUCUCAAGGCUAUUGUACCAUCAGACAUCCCAGAAGAUGAAAUGCCUCGAUACAACUUUGACUUGUUCACCACUUUAUGGGAGGCAUGUGGAUCAUCCUCCAACACAGGGAGGGAGACCUUUCAAUUGAAAGGGGGCAAAGGGAUUGCUGCCAUCAGUGGAACUCAAUCUGUCAAGCUUCUUGAUGUCCCUGCAACCUCUUUGAUCCAGGCAACUGAAUGCCAUCUGGCACGUUUUGUCGUAGGUGUGAGUGGGGAGCCACUUAUCGAUGCCGUAUGGGAAUGGGGCAUCAUUCAGAAUGUCAUUUGGGAAGAUGCUUCCCCUGAUGCUACUUCAGUUACUAAACACGACACAGGUCCACUCCGUCUUACUUACAACGAUGAAAAGUAUGAGACGGGGGCUAUUAGCAAUAGCAGAAAAAGAAGCCUGGGUUGUUUUCAUGUUCUAAUAUUUCUUCCUCCACGGUUCCAUCUCCUUUUCCAAAUGGAAGUUGGUGAUGUUUCAACUUUAGUCCGUAUUCGUACAGAUCACUGGCCCAGCUUAGCAUACAUUGAUGAUUAUUUAGAAGCUUUGUAUCUGUCAUAAGAGCAGUUGUUUUGCCUGCAUUGAUGACUGCAGAAAGAUGGAUAUUCCUCAAUCAGCUUGUUGCAAUGUAUGUCCUUUUUUCUAUUUUACGUUUGCAACACACAAUUUAUGUUAUCUGUGUACUCUGGCUGUGCUGUUCAAGAACUCAUUUUUGUUCCUGUGCAUGUUUAGGCGGAAAAGCAGUUUUGUAGCUUAACAAUGGUUUGGGUUGAUAGCUUUUUGUUUGGUUCAGAAGAAACAGAGAAACAUAGGAAGCAUAGGAGAAUUAAAACAACUCUUCCUCCAUUUCACUUAAGUUAAAUUUUGUGAAAUGAAAGAGCUAGUGCAGCACAGUGCAGCCUUCCCUUUUUGGUACAUAUAGCUCGGUAAUGUGGAUUUAGAUGUUUAUGGAUGGAAGAAAUGCGAAGUUCCUACUAAUAUCGUUUCGUUCAAUCUAGCACUUGAAGCUUGGCCAAAUUUGCAAAUUGCAAUUCUAAAAUAAACAGUGUGUU